CUAAAAAAGAGUGUGUGUUCACGUGGGUGUUGCCGUUCAGUAGCCAGCGGAGUCAGCCACCUCUAGUAGCCGGUCUCGUCGUCCACCUCCCCAUCCGCGUCUGGAUCCUCGCUCUCGUCCUCCACUUGAGCACCGUCUUGGCCCUCCUCGCUCUGCCAUAUGGACAGCAUGGUCCAUGCCGCGUAAGUGACGUUGGGGCAGCGGUAUUUGACGGACAUCGCUUCGAUGGCUGGCAUAAUCUCGACGGUCAACGAAUAUCGGAUGGCAUCGAACUUGUUCGAUACAAUGUGGAGGAAAACGUCCAGGUACUCGACGUCAUCGUCGAGCAUGAUGGCGGGCUCAACCAUAUAGGGCCUUGCGUUCCGGCUCAGCUGCACCCAGCGUCUGAAGUCGACGGACACAUCCUCCAGCAAGCUCGCCGAGACAAGGAAUCGUCGAGAGGCAUCAAAUGCAUUGGCGACGUAUAUGUCGCCCAAAGGGUCGACAAUUGUGGUAGUAAUCUCAACCAUGGCUUGCGACAUUUGCGGGUGGUUUCGGAGAAAGUUCGAAUAGUCGAAGGCGUAUCGAUACUGUGAGUCCAUGGCAGGUUAUUUGGAGUCCGUGAAGGAAAAGGAGG